AUGGUGCCCGGAUCAUUGAAGGCAGCGGUGGACGCCAUGAGGGAGCACACAAAUGUGACCAAACUCAGUCCGCACCUCUCUCGCGCCAUUCGCCAGCGCCAUGCUCUGAACCCCGAGUACCGCUUCGCCGGGAGGGGCAUCCCAAAGUCUUGUGGUCACUGCGGGGAGAAGGGGCACACCAUCAAGACCUGCCCCAUCCUCCACCCUGAUCACCCUUCCAACCAGCCAAAAGACCCGGCCAAGCCGAGGAAGAAGAGGAGCUCUGGUCCCCAGAUGUGCUCGGUGUGCGGACUGCCCGGCCACAACAAGGCCACAUGCCAACUGGCAAGGGCGGAGAAGAAGGCGAGUGAGGAGACGGAGCGAGAGCCUGCGGACGCCGUGUCGCCCGGCAGCAAUAGUGCAGGAGCCGACCACUCUACCGAGGCCACCGACAGCCCACAGCGCGUCAGGGCUAGUUUAGGAGGCCCCAAAGAGGCUGCGGUGGUGCUCCCCCUGCCUACCAGCUGGCAGCAGUGCAUUGACCAGUUGAACACGGUCGAGGGGCGCGGCUGGCCCGGCGGCAUCAGGCAGCAGUGCAGGUCGGCCCUCCCACUCAUAGAAGCGCUCCUCCGGAGGCUGAAGAAGCAUCCAGACCUGGCGGGCAGGCUGACGCCGAGGUGGCUGGAUGAGCCAGAUUGUGUGGCGCUGUGGCGCAGCCCGCGUCUGGCGGCGGCCAUGUUUGUGACGGCCGAUACGCUGCAUGAGAUGCAGGCGCAGCGGCCGGAACCUGGCGGGAAGCUAUUGCUUCUCUUCAUCAAUCCGCAGUGGCAGUCAGAGGGCCAGGUGGUGUCAGAUUUUGGCUUUGGGAGAACGAGGAAGCAGGCAGAGCGCUUUGUCGGCACCUGCGAGGAAGUGUACGUCCUGCGGCGGUACCGCGUGUUUGGCGACGAUGUGCGGCUGCUCCGAAGCUACCCCAGCACCUGGCAGCUGCACGUCAUGGAUGAGAAUGGCAAGCCCCAGCUGCUGGGCAUAGAGCAGGAGGUGCCAACAUACAGCGACAUCCUGAAGAGACUGGAGGCCCUGCCCUCCAGCAGGCUGAGAAAAGGAUGGCUGCAGCGCAUGAUGAGCAAAGGGAGCUAUGAUGAAGCGUCUCCGUGGAGCUCUUGA